GACGUUCACAUGUAUAAAUAUUUGUAAAUUAAAAAACUUUUAUAUAUAUAUAUAUAUAUAUUAACUCUCGAUCAAAUAUUUUUUUUCUUUUUUAUUUGAGACUCAUUAUAUAUGAUCUUAACCUAACAUAGUAAACAAAUCUGUUAAAAACGUUAAGUGGUUCUGCGUUAUAUAUUAUUUCGUGAAAAUAAUCGAUACGAAAUUGAUCGGUUCAAUUCAUAUUUAUACAAUAACUAUUAAAUUAUGGCAGAAAUCGAAUGGCCGUGGCAAUACAGUUUUCCUCCAUUUUUUACUCUCCAACCACAUGCAGAUACAAAAGCUAAACAAUUGGCAGCAUGGAAGAGUUUAGUAUUAGAAUAUUAUCGGAUCACAAAACAGGCAAUUGUAGAUAUACGAGAAGUUCAUUCAAGUCCUCUUUUUAAUAACAGUGCAAUCAACCGCAAACUGCCAUCAGAAGUAGUACUUAUAAUAUUAGAAGAAUUAAGCAAAACAGGAAAUGCUAUGCCAUUAGAUAAGACAAAACAAAGAUGGUUAGUUUAUUGGCACACAUUAGAAGAAUGGGGUGAUAUAAUAUAUAACUGGGUACAAGAAACUGGACAUGUUGGAUCUGUAUGUACUUUCUACGAAUUAACGCAAGGAGAAGACAUAGUUGAUCAAGAAUUUUAUAAACUUGAUAUGGAAGUAUUGAUAAGAUCUCUUAGAACUCUUGAGUAUGCUAAAAAGGCCGAAUUGAUCAUGUUUGAUGAUAAUCAGGGAGUUAAAUUUUUUUGAUCGCAUAUUUAUUAUCCAAAAAAUAAACAUAUAAAAAGAUUCAAUGUUAUACAACUAUUUUUCUAAUAAUGAGAAGUGCUUAAUUAUCAUUUUUAUAAUAUUGAAAUUGCCUAUUCUAUAUGUUAUUAAGAAGAACAAGGAUUAUUUGAAGGGUAAGUUAAUACGCAUAUGUACUUUCAUUAGAGAAAAACAUUUGUAAUAAUGCUUCAAGAUAACUCCUACGUCAUCCAUAAUUUCACUAUAACAUUCUGUAUUUGAACACAAGUAAUUAUUGUAUUCUCUCUUGUUCUUGUUAUUAACUUAAAAUUUUCAUGAAUAACAAUUCUUAACAAUUAAAUAUAUUCCAUAUGCAAAUUGUAUAUGUACAAUGUGAUUUAGAUUAUUGCUUGAUAGUAUAUCAUAAUAAUUUAAGAUAUUAUAUUUAUGAAAGUAACGGCAUAUAUACUCUUAAAUUAUUAUAUGUAUGGUUUUUGUACAUAUGUAUAUAAUAAAUCUAUGUGAAUAUGGUGAAAAGAGUUUAAAGCUAAAUUGGCCGUGUUGUAGAUUUGUAUUUGCAUUUGUAUGUACAUAUAUUAAAAGUGAUAUUCACAAAAUUCUGCUAUACAAACUUCUUAGUUUGUAAGCGCAUUAUAUUAAAUAACAUAAAAAUGUAUAAAUCUCUAAAGAGACACAGUUGAACUGUGCAAUAUAAUAUAAUAUCAUAUAAAUGCUAUUUUAAAUAGCAUGCAGAAAACAAAAACAAAAAAAAAAAGAAAAAAAAAAAAAAAAAAAAAAAAGAUUAUGCUUCUGCUUUUCGCAAUUGAGCAAGUUCAAUAGAAUCUUCUGUUUGAUUCAAUGCAGGUACAUCAAGUUCUCCUUUGCUCAUAUGUUCGAUUAUACAAGCUCCGAGUGCAUCACACAUUACGUUAAUCGUAGUUCGGAAUCGAUCUCUAAAGAAAUCAAACCCAUCAAGUAUAUAAUAUUAUGGUUUAGAGAAAAAAUGACACAAAUAGAUAAUGUAAUUUUAGAUUUAAACGUAAACUUACAACAGCCAAUCUACGGCAAUAAUAAGGGUGACAUCCUUGGCGGGUAAACCUAUGGUGUCUAAUACCAUAACCAUUGUAACAAGACCAGCUUGUGGUAUACCAGCUGCACCUAUACUUGCAGCCGUUGCAGUCACACUUAAAAAAGAUGUGAAAGUGAUUAAUUUUACCAGAUACUUGACAGUCAUUUCAUAAGUAUAUAUUUUUUAAAGAUAUGAUAAAAAUAAAAUACCUAACACCAAUGA